AUGAAGGGCGGCAAAGGCAUUGAGAACCCGGCUUUCGUCGCCUCCAGCCCAGACACCCCGCACCGCUUGUUUGCAUCGCCCUCUCACGUCGAGGUCUCGGACUUGUCCACCAAUACCCAGAGACAGAAUUCGCAGCCACAGGAGCCUCAGAAGCCCCCGAAGUCACCGGAGCCACCCCGGCCUUCGGCGGAUCCCCCUGUCUCCCAAGAGCUGUCCGUUCCAGAGCCGCUGAACGAGUUUGAGGAAGGACCCUGUGGGUGUGGGAACUUAAAACCGCGGAGUCUCCAGCGCUGCAACACGCCCCAGGGCUUUCUGCUUUACUACUGCCUUUUGGCCCUCACGCAAGGUAUUAUAGUAAAUGGCCUCGUAAAUAUUAGCAUUUCCACUAUUGAGAAGCGCUAUGAAAUGAAGAGUUCUCUGACGGGCCUGAUAUCAUCAAGCUAUGAUAUCUCAUUCUGUUUGUUAUCUUUAUUUGUGUCAUUCUUUGGUGAAAGAGGACACAAACCAAGAUGGCUUGCAUUUGCAUCCUUUAUGAUAGGACUGGGAGCACUUGUAUUUUCAAUGCCAAAAUUUUUUGGUGGAAAAUACCAGCUGGGGUCCUUUUUUGAAGAUACUUGCAUAACAACAAGGAAUAGAACCAAUUGUGCCUCUUCAAGUUCUUCACUUUCUAACUACUUGUAUGUCUUCAUCUUGGGACAACUAUUGCUGGGAACGGGAGGAACUCCUCUCUAUACUCUGGGAACAGCCUUUAUUGAUGGUUCUGUUCCCACACACAAAUCUUCUCUGUACAUUGGAAUUGGCUAUUCUAUGUCAAUAUUAGGCCCUGCUGUUGGCUAUGUAUUGGGAGGACAGCUGCUAACCUUGUACAUUGAUAUGGAUUUGGGACAAAGCAUAGCUAUCACUGAAGAUGAUCCACGAUGGCUGGGGGCGUGGUGGAUUGGAUUUCUUCUGUGUUGGCUCUUUGCUUGGUCUUUGAUAAUACCUUUCUUAUGCUUUCCAAAACAUUUACCAGGUACAGCAAAAAUUCAUAGUGAAAGAAUUUGCCAGACUCAUCAGGAAAGGCAUAGUUCCUUAAAACACACAGAGGAGAAUUUUGGAACAAGUUUGAAAGAUUUUCCAGCUGCUCUAAAGAAUUUGAUGCGGAAUACUGUCUUUAUGUGUUUAGUUUUUUCAACUGCUUCAGAAGCCUUAAUUACUACUGGGUUUGCUACAUUUUUACCUAAAUUUAUAGAAAAUCAAUUUGGAUUGUCUUCCAGCUUUGCAGCCACCCUUGCAGGGGCUGUUUUAAUUCCUGGAGCUGCUCUUGGUCAGAUUUUAGGUGGUGUCCUUGUUUCAAAACUCAAAAUGACAUGUAAAAAUUCAAUGAAGUUUGCUUUGCUCACAUCUUUAGUUGCGUUUGCACUGAGUUUUGUAUUUGUUUAUGCCAACUGUGAAAAUGAGCAAUUUGCCGGUGUGUCUGAAUUGUAUAAUGGGACAGGAAAACUGGGAAACUUGACCGCUCCUUGUAAUACCAAUUGUAAUUGCUUGCGAUCAUAUUAUUAUCCUGUCUGUGGAGGAGAUGGAAUCCAGUAUUUUUCUCCCUGCUUUGCAGGUUGUAGAAAUUAUAUUUCAAAAAGACAUCUAAAGGUAUAUUACAACUGUUCCUGUAUUGAAAGGAAUAUAGAAAUGACACCUACUUUGGCAAAUUUUGAUUUUGAAGCUAAAGCUGGAAAAUGUGAAAAUCGAUGUGCAAAGUUACCCGUUUUUCUUGGCAUUUUUUUUGCUACAAUUAUCUUUACAUUUAUGGCUGGUACUCCUAUAACUGUGUCCAUCCUAAGGUGUGUUCAUUACAGGCAGCGGUCCCUAGCAUUGGGAAUACAGUUUAUGCUGCUUCGAUUAUUAGGCACAAUACCUGGACCAAUUAUAUUUGGUGUCACAAUAGACAGCACAUGUAUUCUGUGGGAUAUUAAUGAAUGUGGAACUAAAGGAGCUUGCUGGAUUUAUAAUAACAUCAAGAUGGCCCAUAUGCUAGUAGCCAUAAGUGUUGCUUGUAAAACUAUCACCGUUUUCUUCAAUGGGUGUGCAGUCUUUUUGUAUAAGCCGCCACCAUUAGGCACAGAUGUAUCAUUUGAAAAUCAGAAAACAGUUGUGAGUACUGUUUCAGUAGAAUGUGAUCUCAACAAUACAGGAAAUGAAGGGUGAAAUAGAAAAAGGAGACUGUUUUACAGCUGGAAAAUUGGCCAUCAUUGGUAAGAGUGCACAUUGCCAUUGCAGCAGUAUCUACCCAAUAUGGACAAUCACAUUUUAAAAGUUGGUAUUUUAUAAUUAAAUAUGUUUUCUGUACAUCUAUGGACUUGUUUAUUUUUGUUUUAAUGUAAGAAACAGACCUGUGCCUUCAGAGCCCACCCAAAGUCUCAGAACACACACACACAGACACACACAGACACUUCCCAUUGUCCAGGUGUGAAAUAACAAGAUAAUAAACUAAAUUAGAAAAAAUAGCCAAUUAUUA